GCGGGUCGGCAUUUCCGUCUCCGCGUCGCAUCUUGGUGGACUCCGGCCAGCGAGGGGAAGAGAAGCAGCCGCCGUCGUCUCGAUCUCGGGAUCUCUCGUCGCCGGCGCGCGUGGGGAGGGGAGCUGCGGAGGGGUGGUUGCGAGGGAAGAGUGGUGGUGGUGUAGGAGGAGGAGGAGGAGGAUGAGCGAGAGCGAGCAGAGGCCGGUGCCGAGGCGGGAGAGCCCGUGGGGCUUGCCGGAGGGGGACAAGCGGCAGCCCAAGGCGCACCGCUGCAACGACCGCGUCGAGGAUGUCGUCCAGGCUGCCUUUGAAGGGAAUCCAUUCAAGACAGUUCCAGGCCCAUUCAAGGUCUUUUGGCAAUGCAUGCGCUCGAAACCUGGGGAGGAACCAACUGUACCAUUUACUUACCUGCAGCUGGAUCCUCCGAAGAGGGUAGAGGCCAAGCUAGAGUAAACAGCACCUAAAUCCUUCUGAAGUGUGCGUGGUUAUAUUCCGUAGUGAACUUUUUACCUAGGCGUCAUGUUGAACGCAAGGCCUUAUGUUUGGAUAUUUAUUCAUGAAUAAAUAAUAGUGCAAAACCGAUCCAGAAAUAAGAAACGCCUUCACAGGAGGUGAAAGUUGCUGUUCUGAAAUGAGAUUUGUAAUUUCGUCUGACUUGUUUAGGGCCUUGAGAGUUAAAUCCUUAUUGAAUGGCUUCUAAGGUUUGUUGAUGGGA